CUGACGCCAUGCGGCCACCCGCGGUACGGCUGGUGCGGCGAAGCCGGAUGCCCUACGCCGAGCUCCUGGCCCUACAGGAGCGCUGGUUGCGGCGGCUGCAGGCCGCGCCAGGCCCUGAGGCCCCGUCCGGGGCUGAGGCGGGCGCACUGCUGCUCUGCGAGCCCGCGGGGCCCGUGUACACGUCCGGGCUGCGUGGCGGCCUGACGCCGGAGGAGAUGGCGCGGCUGCGGGCCUUGGGCGCCGAGGUACGCGCCACGGGACGCGGCGGCCUGGCCACCUUCCACGGCCCGGGCCAGCUGCUCUGCCACCCGGUGCUAGACCUGCGGCGCCUGGGCCUGCGCCUGCGCACCCACGUAGCGGCGCUGGAGGCGUGCGCAGUGCGCCUGUGCGAGUCCCGGGGCUUGCAAGGCGCCCGCGCGCGGCCCCCGCCCUACACCGGUGUCUGGCUGGGGGAACGCAAGGUCUGCGCUAUCGGAGUCCGCUGUGGAAGGCACAUCACGUCCCACGGCCUGGCUCUGAACUGUUCUACAGACCUUGGGUGGUUUGAGCACAUUGUCCCCUGCGGGCUAGUUGGGACAGGUGUCACCUCUCUGAGUGAGGAGCUCCGAAGGCAUGUCACUGUGGAUGAAGUAAUACCACCUUUCCUUCAGGCUUUUAAAGAGACCUACAAAUGCACGUUGAUCUCAGAGGACAGCCCCAACUGAAGAGUGUUCAUGUUAUCACUGCUGGGAGAUCCUGCUUGAAAAGCAUCAAGUCUAACUUGGAGUCACUGAAACCCAAAUUCUAGACCUGGUCCUGUUAUUCACUUACCAUGAGACUAUGAGCAAAGCAUACAUGUUUCCAUAUGUAUGCUAGUUUAUUUAUAUCUUCCCACCUACCUCCAAUAUGGUGGAUUUGAAAACAUGAAAAGCAACACAUGCUAUAUAAAUGUAAGACAUUAACACUACUGUCUGCACCAUUUUCUCAGCUUAGAAAAACUCAGAUAUAGAGAAUCAGUUCUCAAAUGUUUAUUACCUCCCAAAUACUAUAUUUAAUUGGGCAAUUCUGGGCUCCAGUUCCUUUGAUUUUUGGAGGAAUCAUAUUUCUAUAUGUGAAGGUGAUAUGGUGGGGUGCUUUCUGCAAUAAAAGGAAAAGGGAAAGAAAUCUUUAAAGAAUAAAAAUGAGAUCUUGACUUCCUGGGUUGGAUUGCCAAGCCUGAUUGCUUUUUUCGGUUAGGUAACCUGAGCUAGACCAGAGGCCAGGAAAAGACAAGAAUAAUUUCUCACAUUGUACAAAUGCAAAAGGUAGAAGUAAGUUUUCCUUAAAUGAGAUCUCUAAGUUUAUAAGGCUAUGUAAUUAUUAUAUAUUAAUUAUUUAUUGCCAUGUAACAAAUCACCCCACAACUUAAUAGCUUAGAACAAUAAACAUUAUCUCAUACA